CAACCGUCGCGUCGUGUACGUGUGCACGUGAGCUGGAAGCGCGGGCUUUCAGUUUUGGGUUCAGUAAACAAGAAGCACUUUAAAGUUUGAAGACUGAACUUCUCGUUAAACACCACUGCGAAGACUGGUGGCCCUCCAACCAAGUGUCCAUUUAACCUCAACAAGGCAUGUCUUCACGUUCAAUCUACUGAAAUCAAGUUGUGUCCGUCUGGGUUCUAUUGCUGCCGUUAUUUCGCACAGACUACAAAGUCCAGUCAUGACUGAUGUUCUUGCUGACUAUGAAGAGGCCAAGAAAAAGGUCAAGAUGUACGAGAGCACCUGGUGGAACAUUGCUCUGCGCGGGGAGCAGCUUGGGAAAACACUUGACGAAGAGAUGGUGGACCGGAGAAGUGUCCAAAACCUUCUUGAUAACCUCAAGAUGUUGGGUCAGCAGAGAACCUUUUGCUGUGGUGGCUGGAUCGAGUUGAGCCACCCCGAUGCUCACACCAGACUGAAGGUGAAAGAAGAUGCCACCAAUCCGCGAGGAUGGCGAAUCACUGGUCUCCCUGUUGACGGCCUUCUGGAGUUCUGUGCGCCUUCUCCCUACGGAGACCUCAAGAAGGGAGAGACGGUGUAUAAUCCCAGUGUGCGCUUGGCGUCUGAGUGCGAAGCUGCUAAGUUCCAGUUUGGCAGGAAGUCUCAUCAAAAGUCCAAGCCUGGUGACAAAAGGAAGACGGAAGCCUCCCCGCAGGGUCUGGUCGACUACACCCCGCAGUUUCUGAGUGUCAUUAGGGAGAAGGUGAGCAAGAGUCUUGCAAAUGGGAAAGAUGUUGUUCUCCAGUGCUACAAGCUGAAUGUGUACGGCAAAGGUGGCUUCUUCAAUGCACACGUUGACACGCCUGUUGAUGCAGCUCAGAUGAUUGGGACUGUGGUUGUGUGCCUGCCCUGCAAACACACUGGAGGAGCCCUUACAGUCGAGCAUAAAGGGACAAAGGAGGAGUUCCUCUUUGCAAACCUGUCUGACGAUCAGUCAAAGAUUCAGUGGGCAGCCUUCUACUCGGACUGCGUCCAUGAAAUCUUGCCCGUCGAGGAAGGUAGUCGCAUCACCAUCACCUAUAACAUCAUCAAACAGGACCGAGCGUCUUUUGUUCGUGGAUCUGGGUUGUGCCAAAGUGAGAGUUUCUCCUCGGGCCCCAUGCUUGAAGCCGACAAUGAGCCAACACUGAAUGGCAUUGCCUCUGCUGUCCGAAUGGUUGUCUCGGAUGGUGAGGUCUUUGACUCUGCCUUUUUCGGGUACUUUGGCAUUUUCCUUCAGCACAAAUACACGAUGGCGGCCCUGGCAGCUGGCAACCUAAAGGGCUGCGAUCAGGUCCUUCAUGACGGUCUGGCAGCCAGGGGCUUGACGUGCCGCCCGCUGACAGUUCUCGUUCAUGAAGUGGAGAGGUACGAUACAGAUGACUUCUUUGAUGGUGAGCCCGGCGAGCGCGAUGUGUUCGCCUUCAGCCAGGAAGUCGUGGACUACAUGAAUAACAAGGGUCCCAAGCCUGAACGUGUCUACCCCAGUUGGGUCAUGUUCGUCAAAGAAUGGAGCAAGGAGCGUCUCUUGAUCAGCGAAAAUACCAGAGAAGGUGAGUACUGCGGCAACUGGACCGAGGGAGAUGAAGUUGAAACUCUGUACCUGCAGUCAGCACUGGUCAUUGGCUUUCCCAAGAAGAGUAAGCGUCCAGGCGUUCCCAAACAGACCAAAUGAGGAGCGAUAAGAUAACUAGUCCACACCAAGGUCCUUUGGCAACAAUGUCUGGGACUUUCACUGAUUGAAAGAAAUGACGGAAAGAUAAUAGAUUCCCAUAUCUGGCCAUCACUAAUUUUUCCGUUCAGUGACCUAUCAGCCAUCAGAAAGUAUAUAAUAAUAUGUCCUAAAAAGUCAAUUUAGCAGGGAAAAUAUUGAAAAAUUUACUGGAAAAAGCUUAGAAACUUUUAGACCAGACUCAUACGUUUUGUGCACAGGGUGACAAGUGAUGGCCAGAUCUGGGAAUCUUUCCGAAAUGGCAAGAAAAGAUUUCUGUGCCUUCUAUUUUUCAUUUUUUUGUAAGUUGAUUACCUUACUUGCAAGGGUCUUCCACAUCAUAAAAGAUGUAGCCUAAUUGUCUUUAUUUUCACAUGUUCAGUGAUAAAGUUAAAAAUUUGAUCAUCAUUUUUUAAAAACAAGUAUAAAGGGAAAGUUUCUUGUAAUAAGAACAGUCAAAUCAAUCUUUCCAUUGAUUUUGUUAUUGACAAUUGUAAGUUAUACACGUACUUUUUAAAGAGUUUAUACUGUCAAAAUGUGUGGACAGCUUACUUCAUUUAUCAAAAUAAAUGAACAAAAUUGUUGCCGUUUUAAAUCAAACUUGCCCACCUUGAAGGAAUGCACGUACUUGAUCUAACUGAAUGCACAAACACUAUAAGAAUUGUUUAGUUCUGAAGUUACUGCGUGCUCAUACUGUUAAAGAUUUUAAGUCACUUUUAAAGAUUUUAAGUCACUUUUAAAGAUUUUAAGUCACUUUCUUGCCUGAGUAAAAAGGACCAAAAAGAGGUCAGCCACAUUUUCUAGGAGUAUAUUUUUGUAUGUUUUUCAACAUGAACUACAUAUAUUGUUCAGUUAAGUCAUUAUUUUUACUUGAUUAAUCAAAAUUUCCUUGUGAUACUACAUGUUUUUUAUGUGUGGCUCUACCUACCGGUAUAUAAACUGAAAAUUCUACAUGAAAAGACUUCAAGGACUUCAAAUUUGAAAACAUUUAGGGGUUAUUCACAACUCAUAUUAUUAAUCAUGCAUUAGCCUUGGAGAGACCACUGCUUGAUUUUCAUUGUCGGGUGACAUUUUAUACAUUUUUCCUCGUAUCAGGAAUUUUUUUUAUGGGGACAUUUUCUGAUUUUAACAAAUGUUUUUAUCAGGACUUUUCCUGAUUUCAGGAUUUUUUUCCAGGAUUUUUCCUGAUUUGAUGAUUUUGUUGUAUGGAGUGUCCCUGAUUUAAGGAUUUUUGUCUGGAUUUUUCCUGAAUUAGGGAUUUUUCUUAAUAUUUUUACUGAUUUCAGAAUUUCUUUGUGAGGAUUUCUUUGUGAGGAUUUUUCUUUAUUUCUGGAUUUUUGUAAGUUUUUUGUCCCUGAUAGUGAUUUCAGGAUUUCGUUGUUUUCCUGAUUUUAAGAAGUUUUAGUAGUUUUUCUGUUUUCAGAACUGUUAGCUAGGAUUGUUCCUGAUGUCAGGAUUUUUAAUUUCCUCUUGUUGAUGAUAAGGUUAACAAUUUAAUUGUAAGUUUGUAAUUGCCUUUUCAAAUUAUAUACCCAAAUUCCUGAUGAUUUACAGUAAAAAUGGUUGACAUAUAAGUUUAUAUCGACCAAAGAAAAUGGUCUUUUAGGGGUACCUUUAGGUUAAUUUAUACCAUAAACAUGUUCAUGUACCAAAGACUCUACAUGGCCUUAGUGACCUCAAAUCUUCUGCCAAUUAAAUUGUAUUUACAGAUUUCUAAUUUUUUCCUAAUCUGAUCCCUACAUUGUUGACUCCUCCCUUGUUGAUUCUUCUGUUUGAUUACAAUGUACAU